AAGCACAUGUUGCAUAUUCAAGCACCGGCGAUGGAUGCAGAAGAUUCUAGCCCAGUAAAUUCUGCGGACGAGGAAGACCUGCUCGCCAGCGAUGUUGAAAUGGAAGACCAGAUUCAGGAACAACCUGGUUCUAGCAGGGUUUCGAGUACUUUACCCCAAAAUUGCAAUAAACAUCAGCAAAAUAAAUAUUUGAUGUUCCAACAGUACGUGCAGUAUGAACCAGGAAAUCACUUUUUACAGGCAAUACCAGAGCUCCGCAAUGGCGGCGGAUUUGUCAGAAACGCUGAAACGGAUGCCAAUCAGAUUAAGGAUGCUAUUAAUGUUAACGUCCAAAAGCAUUCGUACGAGGAUCCACCGGGCGAAAUCCUAAAUGUGGCAAACGGUUCUAGACGCCCACACAACAAGAGUGCUGGAGGUUGGAUCCGGUACAGGAAUUCCGUGUCCCAAAAGAACCGAAAUCGGCGACUCAUAGCCUUCAUAAAUGCGCAGGUGGAUAAGGAAGACAGGCAGCUACCGGAGGAUCAGCACACCGACCUACCAACCAUAAGAAAUUUUACAAACGAUUCUAGAAAUCAACCCAAAAAUAAGCCUGGAGGCUAUUUCCAGCAUAAUGAGUUAACACGCGAAAAGAGCCGAGAUCAGCGUUUCAUAGCUCUCAUAAAUGCACAAUUGGAUAAUGAAGACAGGCAGAAGAGAGAAGGCCGUGGAGGUGAACGUAGGGUGCAAAUCGACUACGAGCGCAUAAAGGAUUUCCUAAGGGCUGGUGCGCGAGGGGAUGAUGGUCGAAGGGAUGGUGGGCACACCGAUGAUUGGCUAAGGGAUGGGGGGCGAACGGAAGGCGGCCUGAGACAUGAAGGGCGAACGUACGGUGGGCGAAGAGAUGGAAAGCGCGCAGGUGAUUGGAUAAGGGAUAGAUGCCGAACGGAUGGUAGGCUAAGAGAUAGAGGACGAACGGAUGGUAGACUAUGGGAUGGAAGGCGCACAUAUGAUUGGUUAAGGAACGGAGGCCAAACAGCUAGUAAACUAAGAGAUGGUGGACGAACGGAUGGUAGGCUAAGAAAUGGAGGACGAACAGAUGGUAGUCUAAGGGAUGGAGGGCGCACAGGUGGUGCUUCUAAGGAAUGGAGGCCGUACAGAUGGUAGGCUAAGAGAUGGAAGGCGCACCGAUGAUUGGCUUCAGGAUAUAGGUCGAUGGGAUGAUGAGGGUAGGUCUGAUGGACAAAGGAUGGGUGAGCGUAGAGCAGAUGAGCGAAAGGAGAAGAAAUAAGAAGAUGAACUACGUCAUCGACGAUAAAAAUUAAGGUUGGACGUGGGGAAGUGAAGAAAAAUAAGGGAAAGGAAAAUAUAAGAAAUUUUGGGAGUGGUGUAGUACAGUAGGGAAGGAGUAAUGA